ACUGGUGGGGGAGAGAGGGGUGACAACGCAAUCCGUGAGGCCUCCAGCAGUCACGGUGGGACGACGGUGCCUCGAAUAAACCAGCGUUAUGGGUGGAGACGGCCGAGGGUUAGCGCGGACUAGGUUGGUUGACCUCUGGCAACAGCAUGCCUCUUCGCUCAUAGGAUCGUAGGCCCUGAGAGGCGUGAGGUCACAGGAGAGGAUGGGAACAACGGCGCAGUCUGGCUUCCCAGCCCGAGACAGGCCAACGGUUGGCGUCCCAACCUGCCACACAAAGUGCCCAAGGAGAUGAACACGGAAGCCGAGGACGGUGGAAGGGCUCCGGUCGGCCAGUGGACGCCACGCGCCGAACCACCAGACGUUGUCGCACCGGCCCCGGCAGAGGAAGGAGGAAGUGGCAGGAAGGUCAAGCGUCUCCCCGGAGGAAGACCGUCCGGCCAACUUCCACCCUCGUCCGGUGGAGUAGAACCGCUGCUGUCGGAGGAGGAAGGAGUCCGGAAUUCUGCCAGCGACACGAGCUAAACGCCGACGCUGUAGGCUAGGGUCCUCAUCUCCGUGAUGUGAGGCGGGAGAUUGGCGAAUAACUGCUGCAUGACAGGGUCAUCAUAGCGAAUGUCGUGGCCCGGCUCCGUCACCUGCAUGACGACGUUGCCCGGAAUGCUCUCCGGAGCAUCACACCACGCAACAACGCGGAAGGCAGAGAGAUCUGCCUGUCUCGCUUGGCUUGUUUCAUCAACCAUCCGCUCCACCCAACAGUGUUGCCCGAGAAGAUGCUGGGCUGUGGAGGUGGACCAAGUGUGCGGUGGAACCCCUGUGAAGGAGACGAUGACACGAUACGCCAGGACGCCGGCAGUUGCGGAGGCCGCCGCUCGCCUCGGCUUCCGGCUCCCGCAGUCCCGCGGUAUUCUUCUUCUACAAGUUCUAGUCCUACUCGGCCCUCCUCACUAUUAAAGGCAAGGCCUUGGCCUUCCUUUCCUUGUUGGAUUCGGCAGGCAGACAGGAAGAGGGAGAUUAAAAGAACAGGAGAGUCGACGCAGUCCCCAUCUAGUCUAGUCUACCAUGGGGCUCCUGAAUCUGAUGCGCCUCAUGCCCGUGCAGCGUCAGCGGGACCAGGAGCGCCGCCGCCGGCAAGCCCAAGCCAAUGGAUUGAUUGCUUCACGGGCUAAAAGAAAGGGCUCACCCUGCCAACGAGAUGACGAUUCUCAGGGUGAAGUACAGAUAUAUUCAGGACCAAGCCUUCCAGAGGACAUCUGGCAUCAUAUACAUUCCCUGAUGCCAAUGCGAGAUGCUGCCCGAGCCGCCUGUGUGUCUCGUGCCUUCCUACGCUCCUGGAGAUGCCAUCCCAACCUCAAUUUCAGUAAUGAAACAUUGGGCUUGAAUGAAAAUGCAUGUGGAAAGGAUGAAUCAGCUAGAGUUUUCUACAGCAAAGUUGACCACAUUCUGAAAAAGCACUCAGGGAUUGGCGUGAAGAAACUUAAGAUUCAGAUUGCUUCAGAUUUCAGUGAAAAGGACUCUUGUUAUCUCAACAGUUGGCUUCAGACUGCUGUUACACCUGGCAUUGAAGAACUCACACUUACACUGAUUCGAGAGAAGGCAAAGUACAACUUCCCAUGCUCACUUCUAUCGAACGGGAGUGGAGACUCAAUCCGAUAUCUUCACCUUGCCCGUUGUUCCUUCCAUCCUACAGUCACACUUGGCUGUUUAAGAAGUCUGACGAGACUGCAUCUUUGUCUUGUACGUAUUACGGGGGAUGAGUUAGGGUGCCUCCUUUCCCAUUCUUUCUCUUUGGAGCGUUUGGAACUCAGAUGCUGCGAUGGUAUAGUUUGCCUGAAGGUACCUUGCAUACUGCAGCGGCUCAGCUAUCUGGAGGUAUUUGGGUGCGCCAAGCUGAAAGUGAUAGACAAUAAAGCUCCAAAUCUCUCCAGUUUUUCAUUUGAAGGAGACAACACGGUACAAGUAUCGCUUGGAGAAACUUUGCAAAUGAAGAACCUAUAUAUGGACCGUUCCGGUUCAGUUCUUUAUGCUCUUGCUAAACUUCCAUCCAGCAUGCCAAAUCUCGAAGCUCUUACCAUAUUUUCAUGCAAAGAGAGGGCCCAUAAACCAAUGCUGCGCCGCAAAUUCAUCCACCUCAGGCACUUGAGUAUUGCCCUUAAUGGAUCACCCUUUUCCCCGACGUAUGAUUAUUUGUGCCUGGCUUCCUUUUUUGAUGCUGCUCCUUCUCUGGAGACUUUCAACUUGGAUGUAUUCCAGCGAUACAUGGAGCAUGUCUCAAUUUUUGCAGAUCCUGCUGAUCUCAGGCAGAUGCGAGAACUGCACCAUCACAACCUUAAGAGUGUGAAGAUCACAGGAUUCUGCUCUGCGAAGAGCUUGGUUGAGCUAACAUGCCAUAUUGUUGAGAGUAUAACAUCACUUGAGUGCCUGACAUUGGAGGCUCCUCAGAGUAUUCUCAGGUGUUGUGCGCCUUACAACAAAUCUGGCAAAUGCUCCCCAAUGGCUAGGGAUAUUCUCAUGGAAGCUCACAGAGCGGUCUUGGCUAUCAGAACCUACAUCGAACCUAAGGUUCCCUCCACAGUAAAACUACAUGUUUUGGAGCCUUGCAGCUGCCAUGCUGUUGAACUUUAGAUGUCAAAUUUACCAUGAUUAUUCGAUGUUUAAUUAUGUAGAUUUCAGAUGUGUCAUUAGUAGUGUACAACAUUUGUUUCUAGUAUCAUUUGCACUGCUUAUGUUGACUCCUAAUUAAUCGAAUUGUUCACUGCUUA